CAGGGGAAACAAAAAAAAGAAAAGAAAAGAAAAGACGAGAAAGGAAAAACUAGCUCUGCUGGCGGGUAACGUUGGUUUUAGUUGGCAGAAGUUCACAUGGUUCCCACUUAGCACUAUUGAAACGUAGGGGAAGAGGAGGAAUUAAAAGCAGUACCCAGAAAUGAAACUGAGAAUUUAGAAGGAUCAAGAACAGCCACGAGCAGAAUUUUGAGAAAUUUAGCAAAUCGGGGCGUUUUUAUCUGCACUCUGUGUUGGGAAAAUUAUUUUGCAGUGAUUGAAUGAAUGGACGGGUCUACAAGAAGAACCUUGCUAAAAGUCAUUGUCCUUGGCGAUAGUGGUGAUGAAUUUCCUCUUGGCGAUAUUCAGGGUGGGAAAGACAUCUAUGAUGAAUCAAUAUGUCCAUAAAAAGUUCAGCCCACACUAUAAAUCUACCAUUGGUGCUGAUUUUGUCACAAAGGAACUGCAGAUUGAUGAUAAACAGGUCACUUUGCAGAUUUGGGACACAGCAGGCCAGGAAAGGUUUCAAAGUCUAGGGGCUGCAUUUUAUAGAGGCGCAGAAUGUUGUGUUCUUGUAUAUGAUGUAAAUGUACUUAGAUCAUUUGAAACACUAAACACUUGGCGUCAAGAGUUUCUCAAACAGGCAGAUCCAGCUGAUCCCGACAACUUUCCCUUUAUAUUGCUUGGAAAUAAGAUUGAUCUAGAUGGUGGAAACAGCCGAGUGGUUUCUGAAAGGCAAGCAAAGGAGUGGUGUGAUUCCAGGGGAAAUAUAGCAUACUUUGAGACCUCAGCAAAAGAGGGCUACAAUGUGGAUGAAGCAUUUCUCUGUGUUGCAAGAACUGCACUAGCUAAUGAACAAGGAUGUGAUCUGGACAAUUACUUUCUGGGAAUGUCAGAAUCUCUAUCAGAUAUUGAAAGGAAAGGAUUUUGUGCUUGCUAAAGUUGGUUGCCAAGGAUUGGGUGAAUCUUUUUCAAGCUUUUGGGAUUGUUAUGAUUCUUUUAUCACUUUUGUUAUUAUGAUCAAUUUUGUUGAUAGGAAAUGAUGUUAGAUCCUUUUCAUGUAAUUUAGCUAUAGUUGUAAGGCUUUUAACUUUUAUUCAUUUUGCUGCUUAAAAGACAAAGCAGUCAAGUUCGUGUGAUGCCAGUGCUAACUGCUAAAUAAACAUCAAAGCAUGCUGUAGUAUGCU